AACAGGCAAAUUAAAAACAAAUAAACGUUGUUCGUGUACAAAAAUUCAUCCUAAAUCAAGUUUGCACUUUCAGAACCCCUGAAAAGCCUGCGAGAAGUCAUGGCCACUGCAGAGGAAGCAAAAAUGGAAGGCGAGGUGGUGAUGGUGUCUAUGGGAUCGUACGGAGGGAAGGUGAAACUGUUAUCGGUCGGGGAAGAAUCUGCUGCGGAGGAGACCAUGCUGCUUUGGGGGAUUCAACAGCCCACAUUCUCGAAACCUAACGCAUUCGUCUCCCAAUCCUCUCUCCAACUUAGCCUCGACGCCUGCGGCCAGUCUAUCUCCAUUCUCCAGUCCCCUUCUUCCUUGAGCACUCCUGGAGUAACUGGAGCGGUAAUGUGGGACAGUGGCAUUGUACUGGCGAAGUUUCUAGAGCAUUCCGUGGACUCAAGGAUGCUUCUUCUAAAAGGCAAGAACAUUGUUGAAUUGGGAUCCGGAUGUGGAUUAGUUGGCUGUGUUGCAUCUCUCUUGGGUGGUCAAGUUAUCCUUACUGAUCUGCCUGAUAGACUAAGGCUACUAAAGAAGAAUGUUGAAGCCAAUCUGAGAUAUGGAAAUGUGCAGGGUUCUGCAACAGUGAGGGAGCUUGUAUGGGGUGAUGAUCCUGACAGGGACCUAAUUGAACCCCAUCCUGAUUAUGUGCUUGGUUCGGAUGUAAUCUAUAGCGAGGAAGCAGUGACAGAUUUAGUGGCUACCCUACUCGAACUAUGUGGAUCUAAAACAACAAUCUUUUUGGCUGGUGAACUGCGAAAUGAUGCAAUCCUCGAGUACUUUCUGGAAGUUGCAAUGAAGAAUUUCAUAAUUGGGCGUGUGGAUCAGACACAGUGGCAUCCAGAAUAUUGCAGCAGCCGUGUUGUUUUAUAUAUUCUAGUGAAGAAGUGAUGAAGAAAAUGAAGAUUCAGGUCUUUUAACUCUUCUAUUGCAAGUGGGUAAUUCUAUCUGCAUAGUUGUGGACUUCCUGACCCGUAUUGGCUCAAAGGAAUGAGUUGAUAAAGGUAGGAUUGGGGUAAUUUUGGUUCAGAUAAUGCUCUUGCUAAUCACAAAAACUUCAAUGAA